GACUGAUGGUCUCAGCACCUGAAACUGUUGACACCCAGCAGGUGAAACCUUUUACCCUGAUUGAUGAUUGGCAGGUGCAGGAAACAAAGAAACUACCAGCAUCACUGACUACUGUCCAGUCAUGAUGGCUCCUUUUUGGCUGUGUGCACUGUUGCUGAGCUUGGAAGCUGCCAUGUCUGCACAUGCAGGUAAAGCUGCAGUAAAAUGUUGGAUUUUCAAAGUUUCUCAUCUUAAACUAAAACUGUUCAUGCACAGGUUUAAGUACUUCCCAUGGUCUCUCCUGCAGAUAUGAACCUGGACUGCAGGCCUGGCUCUGUGACUCUGGUGUGGACAGAGAGCAGGUCUGAGGUUGAUCCAUCCCUCUUUCGUCUUGGGAACUGUUUCCCUUCCAGUUUUUCUGGCCAGGAGGCUGUUUUCAAUGUGGACCUGAAUGACUGUAACUUCAGGAGGCUGGUGAGCGGCUGACGUCUUCAUCCAGCCUAUGUGUUUAUUUUUCUUGCAGAUAAAUAUGUGAUGUUUAUUCUCUCUCAUAGGUUACAAGUGAUAAGCUGAUUUACACCAAUGAUCUGACCUACAUCUCCCAUCCUGAUUCUCUCAUUCUCUCCUUCAAUCAUCUGGUCGUCUGUACAUAUGAGAGGUGGGUGUUCAAACCAAAGCAAAAGGGAGUGUUUGCCACAUCUUGAUUGCUGAAGCUGUUGGUUUAUUUUUGCAGGCCCAAAGACUGGUAUCCCCUGAUCUACAGCCCAGUGUUUGACACAUAUGGCGAAGGAGAUCUGGAGUUCCAUAUCAGAAUUAUGAAUGGUGAGUGUCGAACAACCUCCCUGGUAGUACAGACGUCUUGUUGUGACAUGGAUAAUUGAUCAAUCAAUGUGUCUUUCCUGAUUUUAGAUGACUUCUCAGGCCCAGCUGAAUCCACCAGUUUCCCUUUGGGCUCGAUCAUCCCCAUUAAGGCCACUGUGGAGCAGAAAACCCAUCAGCCACUGCUGCUGCUGCUUGAAGAAUGUGUAGCUUCAACCACAGCAGAGCUGCAACAAGACAGCAGCAUUUACCCAAUAAUUGACAACAAGGGGUAGGUUUGGCAAACUGGUAAUACAAACUGGACUUUAUUCUUGGUUAUGGUACUGAAAGCAAAGUGUUUUUUUUACACUACACAGAUGUUUGUUGGACAGUAAGAUUUCCAGAUCAAGAUUUGAACCAAGGCAAAAAUCUUCAGAGAUCCAGCUGUCUCUUCAGGCCUUUAAGUUUGCUCUGGGAGAAGAGGUAAACUUUGUCAUUCAUGGUUGCAUGAACAUUUCCUGAUGGCUUUGGUCAUAAGCUUUUUGCAUUCCUUAUCUUUUCACAGGUGGUUAUUCAUUGCAAGCUGCUGGCCUGGGAUCCAAGUCUUCUUGACCACACCAAGAAGGCCUGUCACUAUGUCAAGGAUUAUGGGUAAAUCUAUGUCAAUCAGGAAAAUCUUGAUUUGUGCAAUGAUGUCUCCUGCCAGUCAUUUGGCCCUAAGCUGAAUUCACUCAUGCACAGCACUCUUAAAAAAGUUUCAAAAAUGUUCUUGGCCAUAAAGUUGCUUGUGUGAACAUGAACAACCAGAAUUUCUCACCAGCUUUACCCAGACUUUUCCUGAUAACUUCUUGAUAAAAUUUUGGUAUGAAGUGAGCUGACAUGAAUAUGCUUAAGGAAAUAUUUGUAAAAAUUUCACUCUAUGAGAGUAGGUGGGUAUGAUUUUAUAGUAUGACCAGUGCAAACUUCAAAGAGUAACAUUAAGGGAGAAAUAACAAACGUACACUGUUGAAAAAGAGGACACAAGAACAAGGGAGAUAGCUGCACAUGUCCAAGUACACAUCACACUGUUACAAAAGUGUUACAACUGUGUAUGUCUCUGAUAUCAUCCCUUGUCAUGUUGUGGCUCUCAGAUUGGUGUCAUGUCCUGCCACUUGAGUCCCAAAUACAGAGAUGGAGCACCAGAAAGAGUGCAAUCAUCUUCACACUUUGACAACAUGUUUGAUAUAAUCCUACCUUUUACUCAUUGAAGUCUGUGGGAAUAAAGACACGAUUUGGUGUUUUUGACCAUCAUCUCCUUCAAUCCUUUUGUAUCUAGUUGGGAGCUGCUGGACAAUCCUGGAUACAACAAUCUUUGUGACUGCUGUGAAUCCAGUUGCAAGUCAAGGAGGACAAGGAGUACAGUAUUAGGUACUUUUCACUGCUUUGUUACCACUUUAUUGAACCAGUAUCAUCGUACAGAGGUAAAACUGUUCUUUUUUUCUUGCCAAACAGGGAAGCACGGGAGAGUACAGAAAGCAGUACUUGGGCCGAUCACUAUCACAGAUGUGAAGUCUUGAACUACCGCAAAGGUAAGUUCAAUAAUGCAAUAUAUUCUAGGCAGAGCAAAUUUAUUUGUAAACCACCAUUCAUACACAAGGCCAUUCAAAGUGUUUAUAGAUGCAAGGAGAAACAUUGGGAGUGAACUCAAGAAAGUCAAUGGUAAACCAGGUGUGCUGUUAACUCAUUUUUUCAUCAUUUCACAUUGACUUUGAACAAUUCCUUUUUGUUUUUCAGGAAUGAUUCAUCUGAGGAGCACUGUUUUUCCAAUCUGAAUUGUGUUUUUAUUAUUUGAAUCCUAUGCUCAGUGCUUGUUUGUAUAUGCAUUUCAGAUUGUAAUAUAAAGAUGUUUCCCAACACGCUUUGAACCUUACAA